CGGUAUCAAGAAGAAAAGUGUAAUUUUUGCGGUCUACCUCUCUCAGAUUUUGUUCGAACCAUCUAACACGGAAUGAAAUAAACACAACAAAUUUAAAAAAGUAAAACACAAAUAUGAAAUGGACAAUAAAUAUGAUUUUUUUUUUUUUGGUCAUUUUGAAGUUGGGACGAAUUUGAGACUGUCUCAUUAUCCAUAAUUUAAACAAAUAAAUAUAAACGAUUUCAAGAAAAAAAAAAAAAAAAAUGGACUUUCAUAUAAUUUCAAAAAAAAAAAAAACAAAACAAAACAAAUGAGCCUUUCUCUGUUAUCAUGAAUUGUUUCUCUCUCAUCAUUUGCCUUUUCUUUUUAUUCUCUCGCGCCACUCUUUUCUCCCUCCCUCAUCAUUUUUUCUCUCUCCAUCUCUCAUAAUCUCUUUCACUCCACGGUUUUCUCCCUCUCUCUGUCAACGACUCUCGAGCGAGACCUUGGCGAGAGGCGGCGCGGGGAGGAAGGGGAGGGAGUGGAGGCUGAGGUCGGCGGCGAUGGCAGAUUUGAAAGAGCGGACGGAGGAGUCGAGGCAGAGGACGAGCUGCCAGGUGCGCCGGUGGUGGUGGUGGCACCACCGACUAUGGCGGUGUAGGUGGUCGUUCAUUCGCCGGAAUACAUGGUGGUGGUGGUUGUAGGGGAUGGUGGUAAUGGCGCCGCCGGUAGUGGUGGUGUUUGUGUUAACGAUUACACAAAAAAGAGACCCAUUGUCUAAAAUUGACUAAAAUAAUGAAGUCUAUAUCAGUUCACACUUCACCUUCAUCCCCUUAUUCACAUAACUUCAUUACGUUCACAUCUCUUUCUUGCAAGUCGUAACCCUAAUUGGGUAAGACUUGCAAGAAACGGGCAACUUGUUUUGAAUGUUUCUUAGGAGAAAAUUACCCAAGAAGAAACUGAUUAACUCAAAAAGAAAAAGGAAAUCAAAACAAGUUACAGUCAAUUUGCAGAUACGGGCUUAAGCCUUUCAUCUUCCUGAGGAAGUAUUCAAAUACCCACUACCAAAAGCAAGCUGUUGAAAUAGGGUUAAAAAAAAAUAAAAAAUAAAAAAUAAUAAAAAAACACUGUAGUUAUUGACUUUGAAUUUUUGAUGAGCCAUUUAUAUUAUUUUUUCAAAGAGAUAUUUAUUUGAUGGUGAUUUUUUGUAUUGAUGAGAAUAAAUAAGUUAUUUAUCAAUAUACAUUCAUAAAAUGAUAGAUAUACUACAGGCAUUUGCAAAAGUGGGAAGAGUUGGUGACUUGGUGUAGAAUGCUAUUAUUGACUAAUUGCAUUUGUAUGUGUGAACACAAUAGAAUUAAAUGACAAAACAAGUGUCAUUAAGAAAAUUUCUUGUGCUGAAGGUUUCAGCUAAUGAAUAUUAUUUUUUUCGAACUGUUCAGCUAAUGAAUAUUGGAAAGUGAAAUAAAUAGCUUUUUAGAUUUGAACUUCAUAAUAUUUUGGUAAUGGGUUCAAGAAUUCAGGUGUUUAUGGUGGUUAUUUCCAUCCAAAUAUUGGUUAUAGCAGCGCAGCAGCCUAAUCAAGAUUAUGCUGCAUUAAAGGCACUCAUGUCCGGCAUGAAGAACACACCACCCAGUUGGGUAAGCUUCGAUCCAUGUGGUGAUAAUUGGGAAGGCAUUACAUGUACCGAUUCACGUGUGACUUCGAUAACAUUAGCAAGCAUGAAUUUGACUGGACAGCUGUCUGGAGACCUCCAAAACUUAUCUGAAUUACAGACUCUGGACCUUUCAUACAACAAGGGUUUGACAGGAUCUAUUCCUCCAAUUGGAAAUUUGAAGAACUUGUCCAACUUAAUCUUAAUUGGUUGCAGUUUCAGUGGUCCGAUUCCAGACACUAUAGGAUCUCUAACACAGCUGGUUUUUCUGUCUCUAAAUUCCAACAGCUUCACCGGAUCAAUACCACCUUCCAUUGGAAACUUAUCAAAACUUUAUUGGUUGGAUCUAGCUGAUAACAAGCUUACAGGAACCAUCCCAGUCUCUAAUGGGGCCACACCUGGUCUAGAUAUGCUUGUUCAUACGAAGCACUUUCAUUUUGGAAUAAAUCAGCUCUCUGGUGAAAUCCCAUCCCAGCUUUUUAGCUCAAACAUGACGCUAAUACAUUUGCUUCUCGAGAACAACAAUCUCACUGGCGAAAUCCCUGCUACUUUGGGACUUGUGCAGUCGCUGGAGGUAGUACGCCUUGAUAGAAACUCAUUAAAUGGAUCCGUCCCAUCAAACCUCAACAACCUCUCGCAUGUCAGUGAGCUGUACUUGUCCAAUAAUAAACUGACUGGUCCUGUUCCCAAUCUUACUGGCAUGAAUUCCCUCAACUAUGUGGACAUGAGCAAUAAUACUUUUGACAUAUCAGAUGUUCCUCCGUGGUUUUCAACCAUACAGUCUUUGACAACACUAAUGAUGGAACAAACACAACUUCAAGGAGAACUUCCAAUUGCCCUUUUUAGCCUUCCUCAACUGCAGACUGUCAUACUGAGGAAAAAUAAGAUAAAUGGCACCUUGGACAUUGGUUCCCCCUACAGCAACCAACUUCAAGUAGAUUUGCAAGACAAUCUCAUUGAUGCCUUCAGACAAAGAACGGGAUACAACAUUGAGUUAAUACUUGUAAACAACCCAAUUUGUAAGGAAACAACAGCAACUACAGAACCAUACUGCACCAUUACACAAUCCAACUCCACAUAUUCAACACCUGAAAAUAACUGUUUGCCUGUAAAGUGCAGUUCAGAUCAAAUUUCCAGUCCCAACUGUAAAUGUGCAUAUCCAUACAUGGGCACUCUAUUCUUCAGAUCUCCUUCCUUCUCCAACCUGAGAAACACUAGUAUCUAUGAAAUUCUCCACAACGCUCUACUGGAAUCUUUUCAGUCAAGUCUUCUCCCAGUGGAUUCGGUUUCUCUGAGAAAUCCAACUACAAAUUUGAAUGAUUACCUUGAAUUGAGACUGGAGGUUUUUCCAUCUGGUCAAGACCGUUUCAAUCGGACAGCAAUUCUUGAAAUUGCGUUCGUACUAAGCAACCAAACAUUCAAACCCCCACCCGAGUUUGAACCCUUCUAUUUCAUUGCUGACCCAUCAUACGAUUUUGCAGGAGAAGCAUCUUCUGCAACAAACUCUCAUACUGGCAUUAUCAUUGGAGCAGCAGCCGGGGCAUCUGUCCUUGUGCUAUUAUUACUCCUUGCAGGGUUUUAUGCUUUCCAUCAAAAGAAAAGAGCUGAAAGAGCUAACAAACAAAACAAUCCUUUUGCAUCCUGGGAUCCAAAUAAAAACAGUGGUAGCAUUCCACAGUUGAAAGGAGCAAGAUGUUUUUCAUUUGAAGAACUUAAGAAAUGCACUAACAAUUUUUCAGACGCCAACAGCGUCGGAUCUGGUGGUUAUGGGAAGGUAUAUAGAGGAACUCUUGCCACUGGGCAGCUGGUUGCCAUCAAAAGAGCUCAACAGGGAUCAAUGCAGGGUGGGCUUGAGUUCAAAACUGAGAUUGAGCUUCUAUCGAGGGUUCAUCACAAGAAUGUUGUCAGCCUUGUGGGUUUCUGUUUCGAGCAAUGUGAACAAAUGCUGGUCUAUGAGUUUAUUCCAAAUGGUUCACUGACGGAUAGUCUUUCAGGGAAGUCGGGAAUUAGAUUGGAUUGGGUGCGGAGACUCCGAGCAGCCCUUGGAGCUGCAAGAGGUUUGCAAUAUCUGCAUGUUCAUGCCGACCCUCCGAUUAUUCACAGAGACAUCAAAUCAAAUAAUAUCUUACUGGAUGAGCGCUUAAAUGCAAAAGUUGCUGAUUUUGGUCUCUCCAAGCUUAUGGGUGACCCAGAAAAGAGUCAUGUCAGCACUCAAGUCAAAGGGACAAUGGGCUACUUGGAUCCUGAAUAUUACAUGACCCAACAGUUGACGGAGAAGACUGACGUGUAUAGUUUUGGAGUGCUACUGCUGGAGUUGAUAACCGGAAGAGGUCCCAUCGAGAAAGGAAAAUACAUCGUGAGAGAGGUGAAGCGAGCAAUGGAUAAGACGAAAGAUCUAUACAACCUUCACGAAAUUCUUGAUCCGGCCAUUGGUUUGGCCACCUCACUGAAAGGUUUAGAGAAGUUCGUGGAUCUGGCAAUGAGUUGCGUUGCAGAAUCAGGAACUGACAGGCCUACAAUGAGUGAAGUGGUGAAAGAGAUCGAGAACAUCAUGCAGUUGGCUGGUUUGAAUCCCAAUGCUGAAUCAGCAUCCACUUCGGUGAGUUAUGAAAGCACGAGUAAGGGAUUCGAGCACCCUUACAGUAAUGAGAACCUCUUUGCCUACAGUGGGGGUUUUGUUCCUCCAAAGUUGGAGCCCCAGUGAGUAUCUCCAUGCAUUUUGAAUGCUCAAAAUUGGCUGCAGUUAGCUGGUUCUCUGACUUUAUUUGAGUAUGUGUAAUUGCCUAGAGCCUGUGAUACUUUUACGACAUCUAAGAUCCAAACUUUAAUUGAGUGUGUUGCAAAUCUUGGAUACUUUAUAGAAAUGAGCAAGAAUAAGUAACUAUAUUUCAAUUGAUUUGUUGUAAAUUUUUCAUGGAAUGCGCUAUUGCUUCUGGUACACUGCCAAGAUUCGGGUGGCAAUUUGUAA